CGAUGUUUUGCUUUUGGAUUUCAGCACGAAUAUUGGAAUUGGAACUCACUGGAGCUGUGCACUCUGAGACUACAUUUGUAAAAUCAUUCCUUCAAAGUUAAACCAAACUAAUAAUGGAAUUGUUCGUUGUAUUUUGACUCCAGAUAUUAUACUAAAUAAGCUUCUGCCAUGGGUAAGAAGCGAAUUCACCGUAAGCCUGUGGCCCUCACGUUUGCUGAUACCAGUAACCAGCCUACAGAGCAGGAUGGAGAGGGCUGCUCCUCUUGGAAUCCCGGCCAAAGGGAGAGGAAUCAGAGAGAUGGCAAAGAGAGCAGCGCUCAACAGAGGCAUAAGAAUGGAGACGAGGAUGAGAUUGAAUGCAUGGGAAUGGUGAGUAGCAGUACCGCAAGCACAGAAAACCAUAGGAACAGCCGCCCAAGCAACAGAGAGCUGGUUCGCAGACAGCAAGAAGAGGAAGAACAGAGAAUCAAGAAACAAGAGGAGGAAGAAUUUCAAAGAGCGUUAGAGCUGAGUCGCCAAGAAACGCAAGUCACAUCGGUAACAAACUCGACCAGUGAUGGAAUCAUCAGCAACGAUGAGAUCGAAGGAGGCGACAGGGUGCAGACCAACAACGGAGUAGGAGGAGGAGAGAGUGACGGGAACUCCUCUGGCCUCGAGGAUGUUGGUCUGGGCAUCCAUGGCGAGGCUCAGGCUCAGGCUCAGACAAGCGGUAGACGUGAUGCAUCUCAUAAGAACAGCCGUAUGGAUGGUGCUGGAAGCAGUGAUGGGGAGGAUAGCGAUGUCACUGAUAUCAGUAACGAGGAGAAUGAGAGGGGCGUGGCGGCUGAAGCCAGUGGCCAUGUGGAGGAUGAUGUCGAGGAUGAAGAGGGGAAUGGAGAUGAUGAUGAUUCUUCCGUCGGUUCCUCCAUCUUGCUCCAGUCAGAUGAGGAGGUUGAUAAAAUUUCAUCGCAGGAGAUAACGGCAGGCCAGCCACCCCAUGCCUCUAGCAGUUGCCCUACUCAAUCCAGCGAAAAGGCUGUCGCUAAAGUAGGUCCACUGGAGGACCGUAACGCGGUAACUCCGGACGGAAGCAUUGAUAUCUUUGAUGUGACGGAAGACCAGGAGGAGCUCUCACAAGAACUGUAUGUUGAUAAUCAGAGGCCCGGGGAUCAGGAGGGAAGCAUCGAUAUCUUUGAUGUGAUGGAAGACCAGGAUGAGCUUGCACAAGAACUCGAUAGUCAGAGGUCCCAUCAGGGAUAUGAGCCUCAGCCUGAAUCAACGCACAGUCAAGAGGAAGACAGAGGUGGCAGUUCCAAUAUGGACUUGAGGAGAACAAGGCUGAGUUUGCGAAAGAGGAAGCGAAACGGCGAAGAGGGCUCUGAACUCAGGACCAACAGCAACAAGACCAAAGCUCCGCGGCUGGCCCAGGAAUCGGAAUCCGAAGGGUCGGAGGUCGAUGUGGAGGUCGGAGCCGGCGACGAAGAUGAGGACAGCAGUGCACCACCCUCUCAAGAUGCGGGUUUCAUCGACUUCCCAGAAAGGUUCUCGGACAAUGCUGGGGUACCACUUGUAGAUCCCAGGAAGCCUAAUCACAAGAGUCCAUUCUUGGCACCAGAUGGAGUCCUACCGAAUGCUUACACCGCUGUCAUUCUGCGACUGUUCUACCAGUACAAGAUGCGUCUCCUCAAGGCCCAAGCUAAGCAGAAGCACAGGUUGGCACUGGGAAAGCCUGUAGUGGUAGGACCUCACGUGAAGGACACCAUCGUCCACAAGAAACGAGGCCAGAAAGUCUUCCAGUGGCUCCUGUCGUCCGAUGAGGAGAGUGCAGGCAACAGCCAGGAGAAUGAUCCUGAAGUGGCCAACCAGGCAAGACUGGUGAAGCCCCUGAGAACUGACCUUGGGCACCUUAGCAAAGUCUUUCAGAAUAACACUGAUGUCAAUAAAGUGAGGAUAGUGCCUGGUAAUCAACAGGCAGAAGCUAGGCCUGCAGGAUUUAAACCAAAACUAGAAUGGACAAGGUCUGUCAGUGGGUCUUCUGGUGUCCAAAACAAUGCCAGGACAACAGGAUUUUUAAGUUUAAGGACUGCUGAUGAGGUAUCCAGUUCGAGGACCCUAGUCAGUAAGGUUUCUCCUGUACAGAAGCGUGCAGUUGGAGAGUGGACAAGUAAAUCUGAGAUGACCAGAAAGAGAGAGGCAAAGCGGAGAUCGUCAAGUUCAGACGAAAGCGAUGCGGAUGUGGAGGUUGUUCCUGUGAACACAACAACAAGGACUCCUUUGACUGCAACGGUGUCACCGAGAAGGUCCACUCCACCUGAAUCUCAGUCCAGCAGUUCUCUAAGAUCUCCAGUUUUUGGUGGGAAGUCCAGUAGGGGGCUUGUGAGACCAUCCAGCGGUGUCCCAAGGCAAGUUGGGCAUUGCUCACCACGAACUCUGCAGAAUAACAGGGACAAGAUGGAGAGUCCGCAGCCAUCUUCCCCAAGGCUCAGGGUGGACAACGAUGCAAGGACACAUGCAACCAUUGCUGCAGAGAGUGCUUCAGGGGUGUCGUCCACUGUGCCUGAUAACGGUGGGAGACAUGCAAUGUCCAGAGUUGACCAACACCAAGAGGCAACUGCCUCUGGGACUGUAUCCUCUGGAAUGCCUACCUCAAGGACAGGUGCAGAUUCUGCGGCUGAUCAGUCAAGAGCCUGUUCUACAUCUACAAACCAUGCUGAGAGCGGUGUCAACAGUGAUACAGUUUCCGCUUCCUCCAAACUUGCCUCUAGCUCUAUUUACGGACCAGCCCAUAGCUUCGAGGAAGAAAGACUCGAUUACUACAAAUUGAAUCGAUUGGGGGUUACCCGUCAGGAGGAAAAUGGCAUCGGGGAUGUGGGCAGUAGCAAUGUGAAUAGAUUGGAUGAAUCAAACAAUGGGGAAAGUGAAGAAGGAGAAACUGUUGCUCAAGAAAACAGCUCAAGUCAUAAACGUAAUCAAAUCAACGGUGCUGUAGACAACAGUGGAAGAGACGUUGUUGACCGUUUAGCGCCAAGAAAUUAUCAAAACAGAGGUGAAAAUGAAUCGAGGAAAGAGGAUGAGCAUAAUGACAAUCAGGCUGAUGAGGAAGCUGAAAUACAGAACUCCAAUGAAGCAGCUGUGAGCAUCGGAACGGAUUCCCCCAUUGCCGAGAUGGAUGACAACAUCCUGGACGAGGGAGGUGGGCCAAGUGACGAAGACUUAGGGGAGAACGUGGAACCAGCCAGACGAGAUGAAGAUCACCAAGCAGAGGAAGAAGAAGUUCACGAAGGCGGUGGUGGGGACGAAGUGGAAGCAGAUGGUGUCCAGUGUCCCCUCUGCGGAGUGACCUUUGCCAUGACGAUCAUAGAGGUCCAUGCUGCAGAAUGCAAUGGUCCAGUGGAAAAUGCAGAACCUGCAAGACCAGAGCCUGUAAGAAGACCUAGACCAGGUCCUGCUCCCACUCCCAGACCCCCUAGUCCUCGAGACAGGAUAGUAGCCAGGAUGGAGAUGCUGGACAGGACGUCAUCGGAGGAUGAGGGAGACGAUGGCGGCGACGACGAUGAUGAUGUGAUCGUCUCAGGAGAAGCACAGGAGGCUAUAAAGAGGCCUGGGAGGAAGCAGAAUGUCAGAAAACGGACAUUUCCUAGUUCUGAGAACACCAGCGACAGCCCCACAUCCAGCGUAGGGAGUAUGAGCCACUUUGAUAACGUUGUGAUGAACAUGGUACGCCGAAAUGAGAUCAAGGUCACCGCUCCUGGCCCCUCCUCAUCGUCAUCGUCAAAGCAACCAGAUCGCAACCAUCCCGCACCCAAGAGGGGUAAAUGGCAAUCUAAAACUACCUCCAGUCAUGCCGCAGACAGCGAUGGUGAUGAUGAUGACGAACCAGGAGAAGUGGAGAAAUGCUUCAUCUGCAACAAGUUCAUCUCCAAGUCUCUCUACCAAGCGCAUGUACAGAACGAGCUGGACCGUAUGGAUGCCUCCAACAACUCCCAGGUGGAAUCAACCAGCUCGCCAUCGAAAAACACCAGACAGUCCAUUGCCCUUGGUAGCGAGAAUAAUGAUGCGGUCCCCAGUGCCGUCAGCACCUCGACAUCAUCAUCAACCAGAAGGCAAAUUUUGUCCACCGCUGCCGCAGAGGGAUCGUCGACGGGAGGGGUGUCACGUUCAAGGAGUGGGAACGCAGCAGCACAAGGAACCAGAGCUAAACGAGCGGUUAAUGCGAAAGGGGGCGAGGCCACUUCGACGUCUCAACUUAGAUCGAAAAGAAAGAGAGACAUUUCGUCUGAAGAGGAGGAGGAGAGGAGCGGUCCGAACUCACCUAGUGCCCUUGACGAGUUCCUUGUCGACUCCGACGAUGACGAUGACGACAACUACGACAUCGAUGACGACAGCGAUGGGGAUGACAGAGUCCGUCGAGAUCCCUCCUCGGUUCCUUUCAGCGACUCCCCUAUCAAGGCUUUCAAGAGCCUGAAACAUAACCCUCCUUGUUUGAUCGACUUCAAGAAUCAAUUCAACACAUCGGGGAGGGAAAAGAGUCCGAGGAAAUUCACCGGCAGGGGGGCAGGGGGUAAAGGGUCGGGGCGAGGGAGGGGGAAGGGAAAGGGAAAGUGGAAGUCUGGUAAGAAGUGGGGUAGGGGUGGCAAAUCAAGAAAAUAGAUGCAAUCAAUAAGACUUUGAAAACAUUAAUCUGAGACAAUUUCAAUGGCUUCGUGCAUCGCCUUUUGGACUGUCUAAACUGGACUGAACAUCACAGUAAUAUUUUAAAUUAUCUGAAGACUUCUUCUAGUUUGGAUUUAAGAUUCACAUGUUAUUAAAAACAUAGCUUUUCAGUCGGAUCGCUGAAGUAUGGUAGUUUCACAACUAAAACAUGCAAAUGUUACAAGGUACAAAAUGUACAAUGUCAAUGAAUAUGUAUAGAAUCCAGUAAAUUGAAUUAAAAAAUAGAAAUAAAAAAUGACAUCUAAAGGCAUUACAACAGCAAGAGGGUAUUAAAAUUGUCUUCAGGUUGAUUAUUUGUAAGUCUUUAUGUUUAUGAUUGUGUUACUGGCAUCAAUCCAUUUCAUUUUCUGUCCAGAAUUUACGGAGAAAAAUUAGUUUUGUUUCUAGCAGGAAUGACACACUACAUCAUUACAUGAAAGCAUUCACAGGAGUUGUUAGAAAAAAACCAAUACAUUCUGAAGGAACAAACCAAAAAUAUGCACAGUUUAUGUUUCCAUGACAAAUGUUAGACAGCAAAUUAUUUUUAUUUCCAUGUUGGUUGGAAAUAGUUCAAUGUUUUAGAGACAUUCCAUUAUUUUCGUUUUUAUAUUACUUUUUGCUUCAGAAAUAGGAACUGUGUACAUUAAUUUCUUGUAUCAAAACCUUUACGGCAGUAUUCUCUUUGACAUGUAUUUAUUUCCCUGUAAAGACAGAAACUUUCAUGAAUUAUGUGACAUAAAAGCCUUGCAAAUUGCAAUUAUUCAGUGUUGGGCCACUCGGGUGAGAAACACAGUGCACAAAGGCCCCUGUGAUACUCGACUUGUGUUUUAUGAAAUAGAAAGUUGAAUUAAGCAAUUGAUGAGAUAAUCAAUGUUUAAAAUUUAGUCUGUCUCACGUUCACUUUCCUCUUUCCUUUAUCCCCCAUUACUCUCUCUGUCUCUCUGUCUCUCUCUUUCUCUCUCUCUCUUUCUCUCUCCUAGUCUCUCUUUCUCUUUCUCUCUCUCUCUUUCUCUGUCUCUCUCUUAUCAUCUGCACGCAUUGAUGUUUUAUCCGUGAUAUGCCAAACUGAAUUUGCCAUUUUGUAUGCACUUUCAUGAAGCAACUCAUUUUUAGAAACAGUAAAGGAACAGUAUUCCUGUGUACCAUGCAGUUGAUCACCAAAAGCAGUUAUAAGAAAAAGAAGGUGGAAAAGAGGAAGAAAGAAAGGAAAAGGGAAAAAAAAAACAUCUGUAUUUUGAAAUAUCCCUUGUAUGCAUGGAGAAAAAAUAUAAUAAGGGGCAACUCAUUUUGUUGUUAAAUUAUCUAUUGACAUACCUGCUAAAAAAUUGGAAGACAUUUUGCUUUCAAUGUGAGUCACUCUCAGUCUUGCACUUUUCGUGGAAAGGGGGCAGGGGGGGGGGGGGGAGAUGGUAGAUAUACAUGUAUUUCUUCAUUUUUGAGAAUUGAUCUUACAAAAGUCCAUGGGAAAUCACUGAAGUAUUUGAUGCAAAUACAGAUGUGUCCAUCUUUAUUUUCUCCUAUUCCUUUACGAUAUAGGAGAAAUUUGUCAAUAUGCAUGCACUUUCAACUUAAACAGACCUGAAACUAUUGAGUUGUUUCAAAUUGUACUUUAUCACUGACUGUAAAUACGUUUAUGAACUUUAAAAAAGAGAAGAAGAUUAGAUAAUAAGGACUAAAAACAAACAAAAUGACACGAUUGAAUUUGCUUUCUAUUUCUGCCUUGUGCAAGAGACCUAGCCAGACUCUGGUAGAUGGAAUCGGCCCAUUGCUUGUAAGUGAGUUAAAACAAGUCUGGAAUGAUGUAGACUAACCCGUUUUGCUAUCUAGUAAGUUAUAGGGGUAGUCUAUCUAUUUCAGACUCUAUUCCACAUCUUUUCCAACAGGAGGUGGAAAACUCAUUCUGUCUGUAAGCUAUGCCACACAAAGAUAAGAAGAUAAAAUGAUGUGCCUGUACUUGUUUAUCUGUUGAUUAAUAUUGUUUUUUAUUUUGUGGAAAAAUAUGUAAGAGAGAUGAUUUCCAUAUGAUGUUCAAGAUAUUCAGAUAUGUCAUAAAAGUUUAUGUCAGAAGUUCACUAAAUUUGAAACAUUCAAGA